GAGAAACAGAGAGAGAGAGAAACAGAACAGAGACAGACAGAGACAGAGACAGAGAGAGACAGAGUCGAUGAAAAUGAGAGACAGGAUUUUAAAAAGGAGGAAGAAGACGAGAGCAUGAGAAAGAAAGAAAGUAAAGAAAUUGCCCAUCAGGGAUAGAGAAUUAGAGAGGAUCAGAGGAAAUGAGAAUGAGAAAGAAAUAAUAAGGGAGGGAAAUGAGUCUGAGAGAAAAUGUGAAAAAGAGAGAAAGAAUGAGAUGAGGAUUAGUGAGUUAAAAUGAGAAGGGAAAUGGGGGAAGAUAAGAAAUGAUAGAGAGAAUGAGAAGGAAAAACAAAGUGAAUGAAUAGAAAGAGAAAAAAUGAGAGGGAGAAUAUAAGUGAAAAGGAGGAGAGAGAAAGGGAGCCAAGUUUGUUUUGUUUUUAACAGCUUUCCCCAUUUUAGAAAAACAAGAGGAAAAGGAAAAUAAAGUAUGCUUGUAGACAGGUUCAUUUCACAUGCCAGUGGGAAAAGAGCAGAAAGAUAAAAUCUGGUCUCAGCUACUUUGUCCUAAUGUCUUACAUUCUAUCUGAUGCUGACCUUUCCUGUUGAAAAAGCAGGCAGAGCCAUGCCUGGAUCCUGAGUGGCUCAAUGUGCCAGGGGUGACUUUCCUGGUUCACUCAGGGCCUCCAGGUCUGUACUUACAUUACUCAUCAGAUGUUUUAUUAACUAUCAACUGCCCCCUUGCCCUAUCUCCUACAGCUCCCCCUCCUGACUCCUCUGACCUUUUCUUCUAUUUCCUACUAACUUCCUUUAUCAACUCUACUCAGUCUGUUUUCAUCUGUCAUCAAAAAGCAAAAGUGCUGGAUGGAAGGAGGAAAGGAAGGAAGGAAAAAGGAUGGAGGGAGGGAGAAAAGAGGGAAGGAAGGAAGAAAGGAAGGAAAGAAGAAAGGAAGGAAGGAAGGAAGGAAGGAAGGAAGGAAGGAAGGAAGGAAGGAAGGAAGGAAGGAAGGAAGGAAGGGAGGAAAGGAGGGAGGAAGGAAGGAAGAAGGAAGGAAGGAAAGAAGGAAGGAAGGAAGGAAGGAUGAAAGGAAGGAAGGAAGGAAGGAAGGAUGAAAGGAAGAAAGGAAGGAAAGAAGGAGGGAGGGAAAAAGGAAAGGAGGGAGGGGGCAGGGAGAAGCUACCCAGAAAAUGAAGUCAAUAUCCAAUUUUUCCCGUGAAUGUUGAGAGAACAGCAUAGAACAUAACCUUGGAAUAGAAAAGACCCGGAUUCCAAUCCUACUUCUCAUACUUCUUAGGCAACACACCUGCUUCCUGUCUGUAACCAGCACCCACCUCAGGCUGGUUGUGAAACUUGAAUGAGAUGUGGGUAAAGCAACCGCAAGUAUCCAAGGGCUCUUUAAAAGCCAGCUCUGAUCAUUAUUUUUGCCCAAAGGAUCUGUGAUUUCAACAGCAUUGGGGGAAAAAGAAAGUGCUUUAAUUCAGAAAACGAGUUCGGGUUUGGCAAAAAACUCUGCCAUCUAAUAGGCACGAGAGCAUUUCUCUGGUUGCCCGAGCUCUCUAGCUUGUUCCCCUUCCACCCCCGUGGAUUCAGGUGCACUUCUUAUCCCCAUUUUACAGACGAGGCAGGCAGAAGUGAUUUGCUAGGGUCCCACAUGGGAAAAAUGGCCGAGACCGGCGCGUGCCCGACCCCGGGAGAGAAGAGGAGCAGUUCCUGCGUGCCUCGGGCGGCUGGCUGGGCAACGCUGGGGGCAGUCUCCGUCCUCUUCCCCCCUCCCCCACAUCCCGCCGCCCCACCCCCACCCCGGCCCCCCAGUCCUUUCGCGGUAAUUUCAUAUUGCUUUUGUCUUUGGUUGCUGCUGAUGUUUUAGGUGAGGUCUGCCACAAGUCUUACACGCAGUUCUCCAACCUCUGCCGCCACAAGCGGAUGCACGCGGACUGCCGGACCCAGAUCAAGUGCAAAGACUGUGGCCAGAUGUUCAGCACUACCUCCUCUCUCAACAAGCACCGCCGCUUCUGCGAGGGCAAGAACCAUUACAACCCCGGGGGCAUCUUCGCCCCGGCCUUACCCCUGACGCCCGGCUCCAUGAUGGACAAGGCCAAGGCGGCCCCCAACCUCAACCACGCCGGCCUCGCUUUCAAUGACUACUUCCCCUCCAGGCCCCAUCCCGGGGGGCUGCCCUUCUCGGCCGGCCCUCCGGCCUUCCCCGCGCUCACUCCGGGCUUCCCGGGGAUCUUCCCUCCGUCCCUGUACCCCCGGCCGCCUUUGCUACCUCCCACCCCGCUGCUCAAGAGCCCCCUCAACCACACGCAAGACGCCAAGCUCCCGAGCCCCCUGGGCAACCCGGCGCUGCCCCUGAUCUCCGCCGUCAGCAACAACAGCCAGAGCGCGGCCGGCGAGGAGAAGUUCGAGGGCGGCCUGGACAACUCCUACCUGGAGAAGCUGAAGGCCCGGAACAGCGACAUGUCCGACGGCAGCGACUUCGAGGACGUGAACACGACCACGGGGACCGACCUGGACACCACCACGGGCACGGGCUCCGACCUGGACAGCGACGUGGACAGCGACCGGGAUAAGAGCAAGGACAAGAGCAAAGGCGCCGAGGGCAAAGCGGACUUCGGCGGCGGCUCGGGGGCUCCCGGGGCCCCCAACAGCCUCGGCGAGGUCCCCGUCUUCUACUCCCAGCAUUCCUUCUUCCCUCCCCCGGAAGAGCAGCUGCUGCCCACGUCGGGAGCGGCGAACGAUUCCAUCAAGGCCAUCGCCUCCAUCGCCGAGAAGUACUUCGGGCCCGGCUUCAUGGGGAUGCAGGAGAAGAAGAUGGGCUCGCUCCCGUAUCAUUCCAUGUUCCCGUUUCAGUUCCUCCCCAACUUCCCCCACUCUCUCUACCCCUUCACGGACCGCACCCUGAACCACAACUUGCUGGUCAAAGCCGAACCAAAGUCGCCCCGAGAUCUCCACAAGGUGGGCAGCACCAGCUCCGAGUCCCCUUUUGAUCUCACUACCAAACCAAAAGAGAUGAAGCCCAUUUUGCCCACCCCCAAGAUCCUCCCCCAGGCCCAGGCUUCCGGAGAGGAGCAGCCUUUAGACUUGAGCAUUGGCAACCGGAUCCGGGCCAGCCAGAACGGAGGAAGAGAGCCCCGGAAAAACCACAUAUACGGGGAGAGGAAACUCCUUCCCAGUGAAAUGUUGCCCAAGAUCUCGCCAUCUCAGCUCCCCCAACAGCCUUCCCUGCACUACGCCAAGCCGUCACCUUUUUUCAUGGACCCAAUAUACAGCAGGGUGGAGAAGCGGAAGGUGACUGACCCUGUGGGAGCCCUAAAGGAGAAGUAUCUGCGCCCAUCUCCUCUGCUGUUUCACCCCCAGAUGUCAGCCAUUGAAACCAUGACGGAGAAGCUGGAGGGCUUUGCGGGCAUGAAGACGGACACAGGAAGCUCCCUGCAGCCCCUCCCCCACCAUCCCUUCAGUUUUAGGUCCCCGCCCCCAACGCUGUCAGACCCCAUCCUCCGGAAGGGCAAAGAACGUUACACGUGCAGGUACUGUGGUAAGAUCUUCCCUCGAUCAGCAAAUCUCACUCGACACCUUCGAACACAUACUGGGGAGCAGCCAUACAGGUGUAAAUACUGCGACCGGUCAUUCAGCAUUUCCUCCAAUCUCCAGCGGCAUGUGAGAAAUAUCCACAACAAGGAGAAGCCUUUUAAAUGUCACCUGUGUAAUCGGUGUUUUGGACAACAGACCAACUUGGACAGACACCUGAAGAAGCAUGAACACGAGAACGUUCCAGUGAGCCAGCACGCGGGAGUCAUUACGAAUCACCUUGGGACCAGCGCUUCCUCCCCCAACUCAGAAUCAGACAACCAUGCACUUUUAGAUGAAAAAGAGGACUCAUAUUUCUCUGAAAUCAGAAACUUUAUUGCAAAUAGCGAGCUGAACCAAGCAUCAACUCUAAUGGAUAAAAGGUAAGAAAUGGAAUAACAGUUAUUAUCAUAUGAAUGACCCGAAGGGCCCAUUUCACAUUGUACAAAACAAUGCCAAGGGUGUAUGUGUGUACGUACAUGGAUGCUUUACCCAGCACUGGCUAAGGUCCAAAAAAAAAAA